UCGCGCGGGGUGUGCAGUGCUACCCUGCCGUCCUCCAGCCCUCCUGUACACAGACCUGGACAUCAUAACAAUCGCUGACAGUCUACGUGUGGGCCUGAAUCUAAACUAUUAUCAAACCUGCUGUGGUGUGGUGUGUGCAUGCAGCAUAAUGGAGCAGGCGAAACAAACGGAGAACCGCCUCCGCUUUCCUUUAGCGCAGCAGCUCCGCUCCAAAUGGCAACAUCACGGGUGAGGAGGUUCGCGCAGGAGGGGCGGACGGUCCCUCCUCAGCCGAGAGUGAUGGUGGUGUUUUCGCCUGCGAGUGACACUGAAAAUCAGGGAGAUGCGAUGUCUGGCGCGGACAUCGGGGAAGAGGAGUAUCGCAAACCAGUCAUACCUGUCCCUAAUCUUAACCUAGGGAAGUCCCUUCGCACCUUAGACGCACCUGAGGAGUUCCCCGAGGUCAUCCCCCUGAAUGUAGGAGGAACAUAUUUCACCACUCGGCUGUCCACUCUGCGACGUUAUGAGGACACUAUGCUGGCCGCCAUGUUUAGUGGCCGCCACCACAUUCCCCGGGAUGCAGAGGGACGAUAUUUCAUCGACCGAGAUGGAGCAUAUUUUGGGGAUAUUCUGAAUUUCUUGCGAGAAGGUGAGCUGCCUCAGAGGGACCGUGUUCGUGCGGUGCACAGAGAAGCUCAGUAUUAUGCUAUUGGGCCUCUUUUGGAAAGCCUGGAAGACACGCAGCCACUUACCGGAGAGAAAGUGCGACAGGCUUUUCUUGAUCUCUUGCCCUAUUAUAAAGAAAAUCUUGAGCGCAUUGUGGAGAUCGCAAAACUUCGUGCCAUGCAGCGGAAGGCUCGCUUUGCGAAACUAAAGAUCUGCGUGUACAAGGAGGAGAUGCCCAUCACCCCUUAUGAAAGACCGCUGUUCAAUUCGCUGCGAUUUGAGCGUUCAGAGAGUGAGGCCAAGCUGUUUGAGCACCAUUGUGAGGUUGACGUGUCCUUUGGGCCCUGGGAGGCAGUGGCUGAUGUUUAUGACCUUCUUCACUGCAUAGUGAGCGACCUGGCAGAUCGUGGCAUCUCUGCUGACCAGCAAUGCAUCGGCGUGUGUGACAAACACCUCAUCAACCACUACUACUGCAAAAGGCCCAUCUAUGAGUUUAAAAUCACCUGGUGGUGAAGGUGAAGUGUUUUAGUAGGUGUUUUGCCAAGAACUGAGCUCUACAAGGUCUGAGCAAGUGAUGUUUGCUGCUGUCUACGGUUACAAUGAACCAGCAAGAUCAUGGAAUCUUUCUCGAAAUGAAUGGAAAUAAUAAUGACAAGCUUUUGAAUAAGAUGGCUGUUAUUAUGACAGUUGCUCUUUUGUUUCUUCAUGAAACUGCAAUUUGCAACCCAAAAGUUUCUUUAUGGGCAGCUCUAUCGAUUCUUUAGUUUUUGUAAGUGAUCGUUUAACUUAGUUUCUUUAGAAUAAAGCCGGAAUUGUUCCCUCCAGUUGUUGUUUUAAAGGGGUUUCCUGGAAUCGACCUCAGAGGAAGUGAAUUUAUGUGAAACAGUGUUUUCUGUUUUAAUUAUUACGACAUCUCUGCAAAGUACGCUUUUGUGUUAGGUGUAAUGAAUGUAUUAAGAGUUUGAUCAAAGAAUCAAUCAGCUGGACUCACAUUGGGAAAUUGGACGUUUGUUAUUGCUUGUGAUGUAUUUCUUAAGAAGGAACCCUUUUUUUCCCUACAGUAUUUUAAAAUGAUUUUACCCUAUUUGUUUAACUUCAUUUAUAUAUGUAGGACCUUACCUGGAUUAUGUUGCCAGUGAUGACAAGCACUAUCAUGCAGAUAUUGACUUUAACUAAUACAAAGGUCUCAUCUGGUAUUUACAGCCACCCAAAGCUUCACAUAAAGCCUUCUAAAAUAACCAUACACCACUAGACAAGCAUACAAUUAUUGAUUUAUGUAAAAUAAAAACCUUCUUAAAAAUGUAUUUUUAAGAAUAAGUUUACGUACGUACUACAUUGAAUAUGACAUGUCCUGAAUAUGAAUCAAAAGAAGUAUAUAUUUAAAAUUGUUCUUAAAGACUGUUAGCCAGGUUAGAUUGCCUAUUUUGCUAUACUUUGACUUUGAAAUUAUUUUCUGCUGCCAAUAGCUUUUGUCCAGGCUUUUAAUUUCCAUAACUCUCAACAAUUGCAUAUGAUUUAGCAGUAUUUGUUAAUUGAAUCAUCUGAAACCUCUGUCCCUCACUGGUUUGCUGUGAGAGCUGUGAAGGCCACAUGAAGUUGCAUGAGCUCUCUGUGUUUUGGCAGCAGAAUAUCUAAUACGAGAUAAAAAUGCAUCUGAUAAUCCUAACUGGGCUUUAUUUUCAGUCUUGCCCAGUUUACUUUAUGUUGCUUAUUUAUUACCCGAUGCAUAUUUGGUCUCUGUUGUACAUUUGGUGAAUACUGUUGUUUGAAUUGCAUUAUUGUACUGGCUCUUAUUGUGCUGAUAAUAAACCAUAUAUUUUGC